AGAAGAUAGGUCAGUUGGUAGUAGUUGUGUACAUCCAGUAUUAAUAAAAAUUAGUUUAAAUGUUAUAGUUGUGGAUGUGGAAGAAUUAGAAGAAAAUAGUAAAAAGAUAAGAUUAGUUGUAUUAAUACAAGAGUUAAUUGAGAGUAAUUGCAAAGAGGGUCAAGUUGUU